UACAUCCUGGUGGGGGAGGGGGAGAGAAAAGAGAGUGCCUUGAGUGGCCUAGUAAGGAUCUGAUUGGGGAUGGGGGUGCCUGGAGGGCACCAGAUUGAUGCAAGUUCAUGUGGCUGACCUGACCUAAGGGUAGGGCCCAGAUCUCUGGGAGCUUGUUAAAGAGCCCAGAGGGGAGCUGGGGAUGGGGCCUGAAGAAAGGCUAAGGGGUAGGAUAGAGACGGAGGAGACAGUGACAAGGCAUCUGAUAGCACAGAGCUUGGCUGCACGUGCUAGGGGCCCUGGACUGAACCCAGCACAUAGAGGGUGGGCCUGGGCCCCCCAACCAGCCCCUGGGGGAGGUAGCGUGAGGCCUCUGAGAAGGGGAUAAAGGUGACUGGACGAGAGGCUGGUGUACAGGGCUGUAGGGACCACAGGGCCUGGCAUUGAGGGCCAAAGAUCCAGCAUGAGGACGAGGACUGCUUUUGGCACCCAAAAAGGGUAGAACCGAGGUGUGAGCCAGCUGAGAGGAUGGUGCUGGAGGGCAGCCCCGAGGCCGUCAGCUCCCAGUCCCUGGAUCUGCGGCGAUCCUCCCCCAAGGGCUCCCGGAUCUUCCCCUCUGCUGGAGAGGGCUCCCUGCUGCACAAAGAGGCUGUGAAGUAUGGAGAGCUCAUUGUGCUGGGAUACAAUGGCUCCCUGGCCAGUGGGGACAAGGGCCGACGCCGCAGCCGCAUCGCACUCUUCAAGAGGCCAAAGGCCAAUGGGGUGAAGCCGGACGUGAUACACCACAUCUCCACCCCCCUUGUCUCCAAGGCGCUCAGUAACAAGGGCCAGCACAGCAUCUCCUACACGCUGUCCCGCAGCCACUCCGUGAUUGUGGAAUAUACGCAUGACUGUGAUACGGACAUGUUCCAGAUUGGCCGCUCCACGGAGAACAUGAUUGACUUUGUGGUGACGGACACGGCACCUGGGGGAAGCUGCACCAGUGACGGGCAGUCUGCCCAAAGCACUAUCUCGCGCUAUGCCUGCCGCAUCAUCUGCGAGCGCAGCCCUCCCUACACCGCCCGGAUCUACGCUGCAGGCUUCGACUCCUCGCGCAACAUCUUCCUUGGAGAGAGGGCGGCCAAGUGGAGGACGCCGGAUGGGCUGAUGGAUGGGCUGACGACCAAUGGGGUGCUGGUGAUGCACCCCACAGGGGGCUUCAGUGAGGACUCGGCGCCUGGGGUCUGGCGCGAGAUCUCAGUGUGUGGGAAUGUGUACGCCCUGCGCGACAGCCGCUCCGCGCAACAGCGGGGGAAGCUGGUGCAGACCGAGUCCAACGUGCUGCAGGACGGCUCGCUCAUCGACCUGUGCGGGGCCACGCUGCUGUGGCGGACCACAGCGGGGCUGCUGCUGACGCCCACCCUCAAGCAGCUGGAGGCACUGCGCCAGGAGACCAAUGCUGCCCGCCCCCAGUGCCCCGUGGGCUUCAACACGCUGGCCUUCCCCAGCCUGGCCCAGCGCGGCGUAGUGGACAAACAGCAGCCCUGGGUCUAUGUCAACUGCGGCCACGUCCACGGCUACCACAACUGGGGCUUCCGCAAGGAGAAGGGGGGGCUGGAGCGGGAGUGCCCCAUGUGCCGCCGAGCUGGGCCCUACGUGCCGCUCUGGCUGGGCUGCGAGGCCGGGUUGUACCUGGACGCAGGCCGGCCCACCCACGCCUUCUGCCCCUGCGGCCACGUCUGCUCCCAAAAGACUGUGCAGUACUGGGCCCAGAUCCCGCUGCCCCACGGCACCCACGCCUUCCAUGCUGCCUGCCCCUUCUGUGGCACCUGGCUCACAGGCGAGCGGGGAUUUGUGCGUCUCAUCUUCCAGGGCCCCAUGGACUGA